AUGUUUAUUCGACUCUUGAUAACAUCAAUUAUUAUUAUUAUUAUUAUUCAAUCGACUCUAACAAACAAUAUAAAAGAUAAAACAUCUUCAACUUUUACAUUUCCUAAACAAUAUUCAUUUGAUGAUGAUAUUGAUUAUAUAAAUGAUAAAAAAAUUCAUAAUGAAGGUAAUGAUAACAAUUCUAAUCUUGAUGAAUAUGCUGAUGAAGAUGAUGAUGAUGAUGAUGAUAAUGAUGAUAAUCCAUUAUCAAAAAUGCCUACAACUACAACAAUACGUACUAUUUCAACAACAACAACAACAAUGAAACAUAUAAUGACAAAAAUUUUCGAACAAAAAAAGAAAAAUGAAACAAAUACAAAAAAAAAUUCUUUAGAUACAAAUGAAUUUUAUGAUGAUUAUAAAGAAGAUCUUGAUGAUGAUGAUAUUUUUUAUAAUGAACCAACAAUAAAAAUGACAACUAUAUCAUUAUCAUCAUCAACACGUUUAUCAACUAUUCAUCCAACAUCUAUACGUGGUAUUUUUAAUUUUUUAACACGUCCACCUAUAGCUGCUGGUAUUCUUGGUGGUUUAGCUAUUGGAAUUUUAACAUCAGUUAUUUUACUUAUUUGUAUUGUUCAAAAUUUUAAUAAACGUGAUAGACCACAUUCAUCAAUUACAACAGGUCUUCUCUAUCCAAAUCAAUAUGGUUAUUCUAAAUCACCACAAGAAUUUUAUGCUUAA